AAUCACCUCCUCAUCGGAACCCCUCUCAUCACCAAAGCCUUCAUCGUCAACCUCGUCGGCCUAAUCCCUUACCUUGACUGUUACAACAGGGCCAAUUGGUCCUCCUACAUUCAUCGGUUUACUAAGUGCAGAUAUACGACAUGCUUUGUCACCACUUUUUUCGUUUUAUGUCUUCGUAUAUCGUAGCGGCUCCUUGGCUGCCGAGAAUCAAGUAAUCACAAGGAUUCGAUUUCAUCUAGAAAGAAAAGAACUAGUCCAUUUCGAACGGAAUGAACUUGUCAACUCCAAGAAGUUUAGUGAAGAUGUCAGCCCACUAAAGGUCUGUCCCUAUAAAUUCCAAGUGAAUUUUCUUUUCCUGACAAGAUCUCGAAUAAAGUGGAAGCGUAUGUCAAUAUGUUUCGUAUGAGAGUGUUGGACUGGAUUUUUGUACAUGUUAAUUGCACUCGUAUUAUCGCAAAAUAUGGGAAGGUUACCUAAACUAAGACCAUAAUCACGAAGUUGAUGCUUCAACCAAAGUAAUUGUGUACAACACAGAAUUGCAGCAACAUACAAUGCUACAAGCUCUGCUUCUUGCUAGCUCAAGAGAUGAGAGAGGACCCAAGAAAAUGGCAUGAACCCGAGGUGCUUUUCCUGUCAACUAGACUACCAGCAUAGUCUAAAUCUGUGUAGCUCAGAAGCUCUAAACUAGAGAUUCUAGAAUACCACAGUCCUAAUGUAGUAUUUCCAAGAAACAUCUAAAAUUUCAUUUUACAGUAGAGAGACGGCUUUCUUUAGGGCAACUCUUAAAACGUGCACAAACACAAAUGAUAUACAUUAUGUUUGAUCUACUGGCCUUCAAAUAGAGCAAGGCACCUAUCAUCCCACGAUACAUCUUUUCAUUUAUUGGAGUGCUUCCUUCAUCUUUUGUUAACUUAACUGUAUAUCCCAUUGGUGUAGAUGCAAUUUUGAGAUUACUUAAGCCAAAUCUUUUGAGCAUGUACAUUAGGUACUUUGUUUGACAAAUGUAAAUGCCUUGAUCUAAUUGUUUAACUUGCAGGCCUAAGAAAAAGUUCAUCUCUCCCAUAAGUUUCAUUUCAAAGACCCCCUUCAUAGUGUUUUCAAAGCUUUUACAUGAUUGUUCACUUGAUGACCUAAAGAUGAUAUCAUCUACGUAAACUUGAACCAAAAUCAAAUGUUUUUUUACAUUUUUAAUAAAUAGGGUUUUAUCUACUGAACCUUGAUGAUAACCAUCUUGAAUCAGAAAGCUACUAAGCUUUUCAUACCAAGCUCUAGGAGCCUAUUUUACACUAUAGUUAGCUUUAUUUAGUUUAUAAACAUGAUUUGGAAAUUAAUGAUUUUCAAACCGUGGAGGUUGUGACACAUACACUUCCUCUUGUAAGUCUCCAUUUAAAAACACACUUUUCACAUCCAUUCGAUAUAGUUUAAAUUCUUUUGCAACAACAAAUGCACAUAGAAGUGUGAUUGCUUCUAAUCUGGCCAUUUGAGCAAAAGUUACAUCGAAAUCUAUGCCUUCUUCCUAACUAUACCCUUGAACUACCAGUCUUGAUUUAUUUUUGGUUAUAUUUCCUAACUCAUCUGAUUUGUUUUUCCAAACCCAUCUUGUUCCCAAAAUUAUUUUGUUUUCUGGUUUGGGAACCAGAUCCCAUACUCUGAUUCUUUCAAAACGACCAAGCUCAUCUUGCAUGGCUUCUAUCCAAAAUUUAUUUUCUAAAGCUUCAUCAAUAGUUUUGGUUCUAGUAAAGACAAGAAAGCAGUAUGCACAACAACAGCUUUAGCACGAGUGAGCAUACCUUGAUUUAACUCUCCAAUAACUUGUGAAAUAGGAUAUUGCUUUUGUAUGUGGGGAGGAGCUUGAGCUUUUGACUACUCUCCUUCAUUUUCCUCCUCUGUUCCAAUCUUUUCUGAGACAUCAGUUGUACUUGUAUUUUGACCAUGGUUUGGAAUAUUAUUGAGUCCAAAAUCAUCAUCUUCAUCGAUGAUUUAUGCACACUUGCUAACAGAUUAAUCAAAUACCACAUGAAUGGACUCUUCUACAUUGAAAGUCCUUUCUAUAGACAUCAAUGUAGUCAAAAGCGAGUUUCUACAUAGAAACAUUUUGGUGAUCUAGGUCGGCCUCGGUUUGAUGAUUGCGAGAACUUGAAUUUAGGGCACAACACUCGGACUUCUGCUCUUGCGAGGUAAAGAAGAUCAAACCCAAUAGGCCAACCCAAUUCUUAUCAUGGUCGACCGUUUUUGUUGUUUGUUUAUCCAGAAUGUCGACUUUGGCUUUGUUUAUAAGACUUUGUUGUGCUUAAAAGGUCGGCCUGUCAAUGUGUCUGGUCGACCGAUCAAUUGUUUGUGGUAGUAUUACACAUGUUUUUGUUGGUAAAUUUGUAUUAUUCUACUCGAAGGUCGACCUAGGAAGAUCAAAGGUCGACCUAAUUGGUUGUGGUAGUAACAAAUUAUUUCUUUAAGGUCGACCUAGUAAUAUUUCAGGACGACCACGUCUCUGUUGUUGAUCAUUUGUACAAAAUUGAAGUUGAAUUCUGAUUUGAAUUUUUCUGCAAAUUGAUUAGACGAUGGCGCAUGAUGAGAAACAGCAACACGUUGAGGGUGAAAUUAUGAAAGUGUUGAAAGCCACAAAAGAGCAUAUGGUGGUUUGUCUAAAAGAAUUCAAUGAAUAUCAGAAUUCCAUGCGUGAUACACAGGAGCAGUUGUUAGUUCGAUUGAUAGAUAUGAGUGGGAUGAUGCAUGAUGGUUUUGAGAGGCUAGAAGGUGCUAUCAAAGAAAUACGUGCAGAACGAAUGGAGAAGGGAGGAAGAGAUGGUACCAAAAAGAAAUUUGACUUUGAUAAAGAGGAGGAAGAACAUGAUGACUCUGCAAAUUGCUGCCAGAGUAUAGAAGAUUUAUUGAAAGACCAAAAGAAAAAGGUGAAAGUAUAUUCAUAUGUGAGUGAAGAUAUUAGUAUUACUAUCAUUAGUGCUAAUUUUUUUUGUUUAUAUGAUUGACAGAGUGAAACAACGUUUGGCACCAAUGGUUCCUCUCCUAAGUACAAGAAACCUCGAUAUGAAAGUGACUCCUACACCACUCCAAAAAAGGAUCAUUUAGUAAUAAAAGGAUUAUUUAGUGCUGAUAGCUACGAGGAUGAAUCUAAGAGUCCUUUCGAAAAGCACUAAGUAACUUUACGUUACAUAUUGAUCUACUAAAUUCGGAAUGUGUGUUUGUUUUCAUAUGUAGCUUUAAUUUUAACUCUGACUUGUAGGUCAAGAAAGUGGAGGGCCUAGAAUGACUUAUAAAAAAUCUGCAAAUCAAGUUGAAGAUUUGUUUUAUGUUGUUACUAAAGAGAAGACAGGAGACACGAAAUGGGACAAGUAAGAGAAGUAUUAUUUUUUUAAAAUAGUAUAUGUGGUCGACCAUUUAAACAAUGAGGUCGACCACGUUCUCCUGAAUAGGUCUACCUUGUCUCUGAAUAGGUAGACAAAUACUGUGUAAGUCACAAUUGACAUUUAUGUUAUUUUGCAGUUUGGUCGUUACUGACUUUGUCCACGAAAAUGUAGAACGACAAUAUUUGAGUUCGGUCAUUAACGAAAGUAGCUGGAUUUGCUCAUCCGUAAGUACUAUACUGCUACGACUUUGGUAUGAAUUGUGCAUUAUUUCUGUUAUAAUUUAUGAGGAUUUUGUUGUUGAUUGUUGGUUUAUAGGUAGUGGUUUGUGUGCAAGGCCACUAACAAUGUCUGAAAAAAACAUGAGAAUAAAGAGCGAAAUGUGUGGUAUUUGCCAAAUAUAUUUUGGGUAAGAUCCGUAAUUUUUAUUUACUUGUCAUAACCUAGUUAUUAAUAUUGUACCAUGUUAAUUAAUCUCAAUAAAAAUAUGGUGCUAAAAAUGGUACGCAGUAACAUGAAGAUCGAAAAAAUUCGUAACAAGUUGUCGGAUGAUGGUGUAUAUGGGACCGCAUGGAUGUCAUAUACGACUACAUGAGGCAGAUGACCACCCAGAUGAGCACACUGCAGGUGGCCGUAACAGAGAUGCGAGAUGAGUUCCGAUCUUUCAGUGAAGAUACAUGCAUCCCACCACAUCUGACUACCAUAAUGCUAGCACCACCAAUGAGGAAAAUGCGGAUGAGUAAGAGAGGGGAGAGGUGUAGGAACUCCAUGAUUUUAGAUUAUGUUUUUUUAUUCUUAAGUCUUAAAGACGAUUUGGUUUGAACAACUUUGAUUGCGGAUAGAUAUUAUGUGGUUUUCGAUUUUAGGUAUGUGAACAAUUAUGAGGUGUGUUUUAUUGUAUUUCUUGUUAGUGUGUUAAGUUGUUAUGUUAUGAAGUUAUGGGUCCUUGCUAUCAUGAUUUAGGACCGAUUCUGCUAGUUUCAAACGUAAUUUGUACGAGCAAACGAACCACCACAUCGACAUACGUAAGCAAAAAAGUUGAAGGUCAUACGCUGAUUUUCCUAUAUGCGGUCGACCGCUAAACCAACACAACUGCUAUUCGUUUCACGCCAAAGGGGGAUGGAUAAAUGGAGAACUUUACUCUUCUAACUAGUCAACCACUUUUUGUAAAUGGUCGACCAUUUCGGUAAUGACUGCCAACAAGUGGUCGACCUCCUUACGUUUACAGUCCACCAUUAAUGCAUCAACUUAACUUAAAACGGUCGACCGCUAUAUUUUAAUGGUCGACCGUGACUUUUCAUCAGAGUGACCACCUUAGGGAAUUCGGUCGACCGUAGAUAGGAAUAGGUUGAGUAAAUUUUGCGAGUUACGUGGACUUGCAAGGCACCAUAGGCGCACCCUAAAAUUGUGCUAAACUAUUUCAACCGCUAACCCUUAACCAACUUCAUCAAUCGGCCCAACAGUUGAAAUUGAGUUGACAACCUUGAUAUUAUCCUUACCAUUUUUUCAGAAAACCUUAAUUUCUUUCAUGACGUAUGGUUGUUGUGUGUCAUUUAUGUCCUAGCAAUUUUGUUGAGCGUUAAAGACAAUGGUUGACCUAACGGUCAUCAGUGAAAUGUUGACUGUUGGUUACGUGGCACAUAUGUGGCGGCCACGUCAGCUGACACAUCAUAUUAUUUAUGAAAAUAAAUAAAUAAAAAGUAAAAAAAAAAUUUAACAAAAAUCUUCUUCCCCCACACUUCCACCAUCCUCCGCCGAAUCCGACCCUUCGAAUCCCAACGUUGAUUCCUGACGUCGGCGCUGAAGGAAUCCCCUGCGACUUUGAGCUCAAUCGGAGGACCCACUUUGCUCGUUUGCCCAAAAUUUGCAUCUCCAGAAAUUAGUGGAUCUGAAAUUAGGUUUUGAGGUAUUCCUCUUCCCACCUCAAAGCCUCUCUCUUCCAGACCCAUCUCCCGUUCCCAGUCCACCACUAUGAACAUCCUCAACAAGCUCGGGUUCGGCGUCCGGUCCCCCGACCCGUCCGCCAUGGACCCGACGAUUCCCCAGAGCCACGACGACGAUUCCCCCGCCCCCGGCCAGCAGUUCGCCCAAUUCGGAGUUGAGUGCUUUCUGGGGAGUCGAAUUGGUGUUUCAGAGUGUUUUCGCCAUUACAAAGACGGAGGACAGGUAUACUCAGGGUCUCCUCCACAAUCCUACCUACGAGGACAUCUGCACCGGUACUACAAGCAACUCUGAGGUGGUUAGGAUUCAGUUUGAUCUUAAGGAGUGUAGCUACGACGCCCUGCUCGAUGUUUUCUGGGCUCGACAUGACCCUACUACCAUGAAUCGCCAGGGUUGUUUGUAUGAUUGUAUCUUUUCGUUUCUUGGCUACAUGUGAAUGAUUGGGGUUGGAUUGUCAGAUGGUUAGCAGUUCUUGGUCCUCGUUUGCAGAACUGGGUGAUGUUUGUUUUUCUUGUUUUUGGUUGCUGUAUGUAAUCUAUGUUAGUGAAAGCUUGUGAGUCCUGGAGGAAAAUUGAAGAGGAAGGAGAAAGGGGAGAGGUUGGAGGCGUAGAAGGGGGCCGUGAGAGGUGUGAUUUUUUAUUUUGUAAUUUAUAAUUUAUAAUUUUUUAUUAUAUGGAAAAGUAAAUAAAAAUUAAUAUUAAAAUUUCAUGUCAUAUGCCACAUAAGCGCUGACUAGACUUUCUGUUAAAAACUAACGGUCAACGCUAGUCAACUCUAACGGAAAAAUAGUUUAGGACACAAAUGUCAUAUAGAAUACUUUUGGACACAAAUGACACAAAAUUAAUAGUUUGGGUUUUCCAAUGGUAUUAGCCCUAAUAUUUAAUAUAAAAUAAAUUCAACCAAAUCCAUAUUGACUAUAUUUUUUUAUUCAUAUUUUUAGUUAGAAAAUAUUUUGUCAUUUUUUAGGGUCCAUCUUGUUGAAGAAAGCCUCCUAAUGGGUAGCAUGGAUGUGGGAAUAUCAUUUGAGGGGAGUGAAUUUUUUAGUCGGGCAGCUCAGGUUUCUUGAUCUAGCAGAAACUAUUGAAAAGUAGGGACAUGAUUUCUGUAUUUGUUUCUAAGUCGAGUAGAGGACUACUGAGGGAUGGAGCACCAAUUGAGAGAUUUACUAUAAGAGGGUUUGGAAGAAAUUCCGAACAAACACUGCCAAGGUUGGGUGGUUUUCUUUGGUAUGAAAGUCCCUUUGUACAAUAAAGAACCUGUUCCUGCAAUGAUUAACUCAUAGGGAUCUAGCCAUAAGAAAAUCAUAGGGAUCUUUUAAAUAUUGGAGAGAAAUUGCAUAAACAAAACUAUAAUGCGAGUUUUACUUGCGUCUUCUGCAAUCAUUGAUGACACGUGGAAAGUACUAUUUCUACUCCAUUUUUAUGGCUAAAACCGCAUAGUUUUCACAUUAUUAGUGGCAUAGUCACUUGCAUUUGCUUGAUAAUCACUCAUCGUACGUUUAGUAGCUCUAGGAUUGCUUUUAGCAUUUUCAUACGCUUUUGGUAGUGUUUCAUGUAUUUUAAGCCAAAGCAUCCUAGUGAAUCCCCUUGCUUAAUUUGGAGGAGUUGUGGUCCAGUUAUGAUGAUUAAACACGUCAAGAGAUGCAAAGAAAAAAACGAGGGUUCAGAGCCAAAAAUGGUGACUAAAGCAUAAUUUUAAGUAGGCAUGCGUUUUGACUAUAGGUGUCAAAGUGAACCCUUCGGGUUGAAGCGGGUUGCACUUUUUGGUCUUUCCCCAUUUUAGUUUUUGUUUCUGUAUUUUUAUGUUUGGGUCGAUUGGCUCUGAUACCAAUAAUUCUACGGUUCCAAAUUCCUAAAUUUCUUUGUUUCAUACCAAAAGGUCUUGUUUUUUCAAAAGUCUCAAUCGUCUCUUUAUUUUUAAAAAGUCUACUAAAGAAUCUAAUCAUUCUUUCUUUUCCUUGUUUUCUGCAACAAGUCUCAUUCUUUCUUUUUCUUUCAUGGAAUGGCUCAAAUAAAGGUGGUUAAUUUUC